GUCUCCCUUUCUUCUUCUCUUUGCCGUCUCGUCUUUUCUCUGUCUUACUCCUUUGCAUCCAAUUCAAUAAGCAAAUUCGAGCAUAAGAAAACCUCAGAAAGGGAUUUUAGGGAUUCAACCCCCUUCCUUAAUCGAAUUCAUUGGUAUUCAAAGGUGAAGACAUCCCAACUGAAAGUAGAUUCGUGAAACCUAAUUACCGGUCACAAAAUUGCUGGUUCCGAAGCCGCCCUCUGCCUGCGAUUGGGAUGCCCACAAGGCUCACUACCGCCACAAUGAUGUCGGGUAGCAUGACUAGAGGCCUCUCAAGGGAUUCUCGGGCUGCUCUUCUGCGAGUGAGUUGCUGGGGAUUCUCGGAUUUGAUUCUGACAUGGCCGGUAAGCAAGGGGCGGCGCCGGUUGGUAAGGUGAACGAUAGUAACAACAAUAUUGAGAAAGAUUAUGGGUAAAAUGUUUAUGGGUUUUUAGACCUUUUGGUUUGGGAGACUCCUGCUGUGGUUAGUCUUGAUGAUCCGAUCGUGCCUCCUCAGCGGGGUGGCGAUGAUGAUUGUUCUAGCGGCAUCAGAGGCGACCAUGCUUUUCAGGCCAUGGGAGUUCGUCCAUUGCCUAAGAACCAAAAUGCUACGUGUGGACAACACGAGGAGGAAAUACUCAUACUAAUUCGUGAAAUUCAAGAGUUGGAACCUAAUUUGAAUGUGGAACAAGCAGAGUGUGAAUCCUUUGGCGGGUUCCAGUUCCUUGAAGCUGAUCAAUAAGCCUAUCAAUCCAAAAAGCAAGCUGAAUAUCUCGACAAUGUUGAGCAGCCAACAUUAGUUUGUUUCGAUGAGGAGUCUUUGUGCUAUAGGAAAAGGUUAUAAAAAGUUGAAGAACCUUACAUUGAGUGAUUUCUAUUUCCUAAGUGAUAUGGUAUGCAAGCUGUUGCAGUGGGUUGUUCUAAUCUGACACAUCUUGAGGUAAAUGGCUGCCACAAUAUUGGAACAGCAGGACUGGAAUCUAUUGGAAAAGUUUGCAUGAGCCUUUCUGAGUUGGCGUUGUUGUACUGUCAGAAGAUAGGUGAUCUUGCCCUUUCUGAAAUAGGGAAAGGUUGCAGGCUUUUACAAGCUCUUCCCUUAAACCUUUCUUGUUAUAACAUUCCUGUUAUCAAAUUUAAAUUCAUGGAAAUCAUCAUCAUUGAUAGGUCCUGCUUUACGGUUUGGUUUAGGUUCCAUAGAUUGGAUUCCAUUCGUAUCAACAUUGGUAUUCACGAAGAUGAAGACCUUCGCUUUGCUUUUUCAUUUACAAAGUUCACGUACUUGUAUUGUGUUAUAUAAAAAGUUUGUCUAUUAAUUGCCUACUAAAUGACAUUUUUGGGGCAAGAUCAUAUGUUCAUUAUUCUUAUUAUAGAAUUUGUUUAGUUGUUUUCCAUCUGCUAUAACUUGGUGUUUCUCAUUCAAUGCACGGCCAAAUGCACAACAAUAAAAUCGCUUAUUUUUAUUUGACUGGUAAUAGAUUUGCUGAGUAUCAAUAUUAAGAAGGUUUUAAGAACUCAGACUGCCAUCCCUAACUGACUAAAAUCAGUUUGACAACAGAUUUGGCUAAUAAAUCCUAGGUUAACACGUUAAAUCUUAAGACGUGGCACGAACCUACUUGGCUU